CUGCUAGCUCAGCGGUUGGUGUCUUCCAUUCCUGGACUUUGCUUGAUGGGGAUCUCUGCUGCAGGAGCAAUCUCUGCACUCAAAGGCAGGCGAGCAGGGAUAGAAGAGGUCGCCUCUAGAUGCCGGAAAGGCCAUUUGUAUAAGUUCCUGGCAGAAGACCUCUUCUGGAACAGCUGCUGGCUGUAGGCCCACCAAGCCAAGGGUCGGGAUAGCCUCUCUGCAGCAUGUCUUCCAAGCCAGAGCAGAAGGAGAGCCACCAGGCCAAUGGGGCUGUGCUACCUAUUGUGCCCGUGGACUGUCUCACGAGUCCGGACCGGGGGCAGCUGGUGGAGCCCUCAGAGUUCCUGGGACCUGACGGUGAUGGAGUAGAAGUGGUGGUGUUGGAGUCCCGUGCCAAUGCUAAAGGGGUGCGAGAAGAAGAUGCCCUGCUGGAAAAUGGCAGCCAGAGCAAUGAAAGCGAUGACACCAGCACAGACCGAGGUCCUGAGCCAGCCUCACCCCUUAAGGAGACCUCCUUUUCCAUCGGGCUGCAAGUCCUCUUUCCGUUCCUCCUGGCAGGCUUUGGAACAGUUGCUGCUGGAAUGGUGCUGGACAUUGUGCAGCACUGGGACGUUUUCAAAUACGUGACCGAGGUGUUUAUCUUAGUACCUGCGUUACUGGGCCUGAAGGGGAACCUGGAGAUGACCCUGGCAUCUCGCCUGUCAACAGCUGCUAAUAUUGGCCAAAUGGAUACACCCAAAGAGCUCUGGAGGAUGAUAACAGGGAACAUGGCUCUGAUACAGGUUCAGGCUACUGUGGUUGGCUUCCUGGCCUCGAUCGCAGCAGUGAUAUUCGGAUGGAUCCCAGAUGGGCACUUCAGCAUUGACCAUGCUGUCCUGCUUUGUGCCAGCAGCGUGGCUACUGCUUUCAUUGCUUCCCUUGUUCUAGGCAUGAUUAUGAUCGGGGUCAUCAUUGGAUCCAGGAAGAUGGGGAUCAAUCCUGAUAACGUCGCCACACCAAUUGCUGCCAGUCUGGGGGAUCUCAUCACUUUGGCUCUGCUUUCAGGAAUCAGCUGGGGCUUGUACAAAGAGCUGGCCUACGUGAACCCUUUGGUAUGCGCCUUCUUCAUAGCACUGCUGCCCAUCUGGAUCAUCAUCGCCAGGAAGAAUGCAGCAACUCGGGAGGUGCUGUACUCUGGCUGGGAGCCAGUCAUUAUUGCAAUGGCUAUUAGCAG